GCACAGAGAAACUACACAGGUGAUGAGGGAAUAAUUCACCCCCCUGUCGAUCCAUCAAUAACUGUGACCUUUGACCUUGUGGACGAUGUAGAGACGCUGCAGGGAGACUCACUGUCUUCACUGGACCACAGAUCCAGGUGGACCAGUCAGGAAAACCAGUUCCACUUAAACCUGGUUCAUGCAGACGAGCGGGAAAAACUAGAGGACAACACAGCGGAGCGUCCAGAGCUCAGGUGUCUGAACUCAGACAGACAUGAAGGUCUUAAGUCUUUAGGUUCAGAGGUGGACGGUGAAUCUACAGAGGACAGAAGAAGAAGAAGAGGCGGCUUUCCUGACUCACUGAAGGAACAUCCACCUGCUGAGCACACACAGGUGAGUCUGUCAGCUCCACAGCAGGAGGUGAGGGGGGUCAGCCUCCAGUUGCUCCCUGUCAGGAGUCUGGAGCCGAUCUGGGAGGCUGAGCGUUCUCUGGAUAACUGUGGCACCACAGAAGAAGAUACAGGAACAGAGACAGGAUAUGACAUCAUGAGGCCUGCUGAGGAAGGUAGGGAUGUUGGUGACCUGGUCAGAUCGAGUCCUGAGGGUCCAGACCAGACCGAGCAGAGAGACAAAUCUCUAACCACUGCGGAGGAGGAGCCUGAGGGGAGCUCACCUGUCCUGCGUAGGGGGGUUGAGAAGCCCUGCAGACCUAUGACUGUAGCGUACGAUGCUGUGUGUUACACCUCAGCCAGCAGCACCUGUGACGAGCUGGACGACCCUCACUCCGCCCUCGACAAGAUGAUCAAGAGAAGCAAAACUAAAGGCUCCAAGUUCUCUGUCUUCGCUAAGAUGCCGUCUUUCAGGAAGGCGAAGGGCUCAAAGGGUGGCAAGAGUGAGGAGGCCCCCCAGGAGUCACCAGACGGGGGAGGUGAGGGCCUCGUGUCUGAGCAGGGACCACAGAGGGACAACUCUGACGAUGAGGUUUUUGUCAGAGGAGACGUCCUCAACCAGACUGUCCACCAGGCCUUUUCCUCUGUGCGCUAUGAGAUAGAGGAAGAGGACUGUGGCUUCCUCCCCUCCACCCCCCACACCCGACACGUCCGACAGCUAGUCAGCCAGGGGGGCAGUGAGGGGGGUAGUGGAGGGUCAAGUCCAGACAACCCCCUCCUCAGGCAGGUCCAGUCACCCAACGGUCAGACCUACAAGAGGAGCAAGAGCAACGACAGUCUGAACAUUCGCCUGCGCUUCGCUCAAGCUCACAAGUCCCUGUCCAGCCUGUUCGAGUCCCGCUCCAUGGACAAGGAGAACGAGGAGCAGGUCUCUGAUCUGGACUCUGCUAAAGCCAGACAGUCCUGGAGGAGGCUGAGGAAGGCCAAGGAGGCAGAGCUGCUGAAGAGGACUCUGUCAGUGCCGGACGAGGACUGUAGCAGCGCUGCUGCUGGACACGAGCAGGGACACUUCACGUCCUCUCCGGUCCUGGACAGGCUCGGCAGCCCAGGGUCACCAUCCUCUCUCCAAGCCCUGCGCCACACUGAUCCCAUCUCCAAACGAGGAGUUCCACAGGGGGGAGGGAAGGAGAGCCCCCAUGGGUGUAAGUCUGAGGGCCAGAGGAGGAAGUGUUCACCUAAUGGUCUCCCCACCUCACUCCCUCUGUUUUCAGAUGACUCUGCAGCCCGACCCCCCAACCACACCAGCCCCGUGUCACCUUUGAGCCCCCUCACUCAACAGUAUUGGCCCUCCUGGACUCGGCCCCACCCGGUGUCCAAUGAGGGCGUGGCUGACACCCCCCUACGGCCCAUGAGCCCCAAACCCAACAGCCCCAGACCUGCAGCUCAACGCAAAAUCUUCCGCUACCCCCACUCCUCCAGGUCCAGUUCUGUGAGUCCUAUUGUUCUGGGUCAGUCGGUCAGCGUGGAGGGGCUGACGGACCCCCCUGAGAGACCUAAGACCCUAAAACCUGCAACUAGCCCCCUGGGGGUCAGCCUCAGCCUCCUGGACGCAGCCGAGCACAGAGUAGACAGCCAGUCACACAUCAGCCUGUACGCCAUCGGCCUCAGCAGCGACCUGGAGGGAGCACAGGUCAGCGGUCGACCUGCCGGACUGUCCAGAGCUAGAAAGCUGAUGGAGGCGGAGGGCGAGGGGAAGGCGUCCGUGAUUGUUGGAGGGCUGAGGACUGGCUGCUGGGCGGAGGUGGGCGGAGACGUGAGUGACCGGCAGCGACGGAGAAACUGUUUGGACGACCUCUGGAUCGAGGAACAAAAGAAAUACAAACGUAAACAGGCCAGAGCCAUCAGAGGAAGCCUGGGCCAGCUCAACACUCUGAUAUCUGAAGACCUGGACAAAACUGAUGCUGGAGUCUCCUCAGGACCUGUCGGGGCAUUCAGGGGGAUGCCCCUCAAGGCCCACUGCUUCUCCCAGAGCACCCCCAUCGGUCUGGACUGCCUGGGCUGGAGGAGACGCAUCUCCUACACCUCUGUGGUUAUUCCUGACGGGGCGUCAGAGAAGGCGGGGCUUGGAGACGAGCUGGGAAGUGAAGAGGAUCUGCUGUAUGAAGAGUUUCGCAGCUCUGGACAUCGGUUUGGACACCCAGGAGGAGGAGGGGGGGAGCAGCUAGCCAUCAAUGAGCUGAUCAGUGAUGGCAGUGUGGUGUACGCCGAGGCGCUCUGGGACCAUGUCACCAUGGACGACCAGGAGCUCGGCUUCAAGGCCGGUGAUGUCAUCGAAGUAGUGGACGCCACAAACAAGGAGUGGUGGUGGGGUCGCAUCAUGGACAGCGAGGGCUGGUUUCCUGCCAGCUUCGUGCGGUUGCGUGUGAACCAGGACGAGCCCAUGGAGGAGUACCUGGCCCACCUGGAGGAGGCGCAGGCUGGGGAGGAGGACCAGGCGGCUCUGGGCCUGUUACUGGGACCCGGUUUACCCUGUAAAGAGCAGAUGAGGACCAACGUCAUCAAUGAGAUCAUGAGCACAGAGAGAGACUACAUCAAGCACCUGAAGGACAUCUGUGAGGGCUACAUCAAACAGUGCCGUAAGAGGACAGACAUGUUCACUGAGGAGCAGCUUCGCACCAUCUUCGGAAACAUUGAGGAGAUCUACCGGUUCCAGAGGAAGUUCCUGAAGGGACUGGAGAAGAAGUUCAACAAGGAGCAGCCGCACCUCAGUGAGAUCGGCUGCUGCUUCCUCGAACACCAAACAGAUUUCCAGAUAUACUCAGAGUACUGCAACAACCACCCCAACGCCUGCGUGCAGCUCUCCAAGCUGAUGAAGGUCAACAAGUACGUGUUCUUCUUCGAGGCGUGCCGACUGCUUCAGAAGAUGAUCGACAUUUCCCUGGACGGCUUCCUGCUCACCCCGGUCCAGAAGAUCUGCAAGUACCCGCUGCAGCUGGCGGAGCUGCUCAAGUACACCAACCCUCAGCACAGAGACUACAAAGAUGUGGAGGCGGCGCUGAACGCCAUGAAGAACGUGGCGAGGCUGAUCAACGAGAGGAAGCGGCGCCUGGAGAAUAUCGACAAGAUCGCCCAGUGGCAGAGCUCCAUCGAGGACUGGGAGGGUGAAGACGUCCUCAGCAGGAGCUCUGAUCUCAUCUUUUCAGGGGAGUUGACCAAACUGUCUCAGCCUCAGGCCAAAAGUCAACAGAGAAUGUUUUUCCUCUUCGACCAUCAGAUGGUUUACUGCAAAAAGGACCUGCUGCGCCGGGACAUGCUGUACUACAAGGGUCGGGUGGACAUGGACCACAUGGAGGUGAUGGACGUGGAGGACGGGAAGGAGAAGGACUUCAACAUCAGCGUGAAGAACGCCCUGAAGCUGCGGUCGCUGGCUGGAGACGAGGUCCACCUCCUGUGUGCCAAGAAGCCGGAGCAGAAGCAGCGCUGGCUCCGAGCCUUCGCUGACGAGAGGAGGCAGGUCCAGCACGACCGCGAGACAGGCUUCUCUCUCACAGAGGUCCAGAAGAAACAGGCUAUGCUGAAUGCCUGCAAAAGCCAUCCAGCUGGGAAACCUAAAGCGGUGACCAGACCUUACUACGACUUCCUGCUGCGACAGAAGCACCCCUCCCUGCCCACUGCUUUGCCCCAGCAGCAGGUCUUCAUGCUGGCUGAGCCCAAGCGCAAAACCUCCACCUUCUGGCACAACAUCGGCAGACUGACUCCCUUCAAGAAGUGAGCACCAGGGAGGUGAAGAGAGGAGCUGUGGAGGAGGAGGAGGAGGAGGAGGAGGAGGAGCUCUCUGCUCGUGCCUGAACAGACCCUUUUUAAUCCUUCCUCUCUUUCCUUUCAUACUUGUAACUUUGCCCUAAUUGAUAUACUGAUUUAUUGUAUAGCUGAGGAUGACGAUGAUGAGGAGGAGAUUAUUUUUUGAAAGCACUUUAUAGGUUGGUUAACAAUCAAACUUGAGAAUGGUCUCCUGGAGACACUGAGUCAAACAGGGGGAUUGGACUCUUGCUUAACAUACUACUACUAUACCUUCAAUCAAGCCGACUGGUACUAAUAUAACUACUGUCCUGCUGCGAGGGGGCGGGGCUCCUGCUGUGCUGCCUCUGUGAAGAUGUUGCUGCCUGUCGACAAAACUCUGUCGUUCAUUUCCACUGUUCUUUCUUUCUGAUUGGACAGAUGCCAACUGUUCACAGUGCCAGAUGAUUUGUUUUGUAUUUGUUUGUUCUUUGUCUGCUUCUGAAAAAAGGGAAAACUGAGGGGGGGUAAAGUUUCUUGUGCUUCUCUCUGUGCAAAUAUAUGAUUUAAGGUCAUUUCAGCUGGUUUUAAGUGUUUUGUGAUCUCCAUCCACCAGAGCUGAUUUCUGUUUCUCUGCUGAUUUGUGAUGUUUGUGCAAACACCUGAUAAGAGACAUGAAGACGCAGCUCAUCAGAGAGAAGGAGCUCGUUUCUACAGCAGCAGCGAACACAACACUCUCCUCCACUCCUCCUCCUACCUGAAGAAAGUAAAACUACCCCGUCUUAUUCUUUCUUUUUCAUUCUUUUUUUUUAAGUGCCAUUUGAAGUGUGCCAUGGAUGACUUCCAGUGACAUGCAUGGAUGUGAUGAAAAAAUACUGUGAAGAAUAUUUUUUUUAUCUCUGAAGAACCCAUCUAUAUUUAACCAGAUACAGGAACCGAAGUUUCAUUGUGCUACCAGGCUGACAGCGUCUCUCUCACACACACACACACACACACACACACACACACACACACACACACACACACACACACGUUCUUUUAUCUACCUGUACUCCUGCUCCGGAUGCGGCCCGGUGAUGUUGCUCUGUCGGUGCAUUCAGUGAAAUGUACUCGUUCACCUUUAUGUUCAAAUGUUUUAGCUUCUGACCAUAUGGAAUAUUAAACAUUCCUACGCUGAUAAAUGUGGCCGUCAGAUGGGCUGAUUAUUUAUUGCGCAUUUCUUUAAUUAAAUAAUAAUAAUUAUAAUAAUAAAGGUCUUCACCGGGGGGGCACACAUGAUGUGACUCCUCACUGUCACUGAAUCACCUCGGCCUGUGGACGCUGUUUCUCACGGUCACAUUUUAUAAUCAUCACGAGGAAUCUGCAGCUUCCUGUUUUCUGUCUGUGACACUGACUGAUGCUAUACAUGCUAACAUCUUUAGCAGCCGCCAUUGUUGUUAAAGAACAGUCGCUGCCCGCUGUCGUCUCACCUAAGACACGCCCAGCUGCCAGUAGCUCCUCCCUCUUAGGGCACUGAUUGGUCCUGGAGAGAUGGAUUCUCCAGCUGCGUCGCUUCGUUUGCUCAUAAACCACAAAACCUGUUAUUUACAUAUUUCCUGACAUUUUCAAAAGCAUGCAGCUCAAGUUCUUUCCAGACAUAUUCUCCAUUGUUUUCUAUGGGCUCUGAGUCUGCAUCCAUCCACAGCUCAUCCACUUCAAGCACAAAAUGAUUUGAUAAUAGUCACUGCAUUACGUCAAACUCCUGACAGAUGACUUUAACCCCCCCCCCCCCCCCCUUCAUGUCUGAUACAACAUCUUUAAAUUCUGUCUUUCAGGUUGAGGACAGCCUGGGUCAUGGUUGAUAAAAGGACAGUUGUUGAUUUAAGGUCUCCACACACACCCAUCCUCCACCUGAAUCUUCACACCUGUACUUCCUGCCUUCCUACAUAAAGACCACACCCCUUCCUGUAUUGGCACAGAACAUUGUUAUUGGUUGUAAACCGUCAGGUGCAGAAUUGUCCAUGUGCACAUAAUUGCUAUCACACUGGGAAUUAUGUCCAUAUGAGCUGAGACACUGUCCAGUGCUGAGGAUGGGCUUCAGUUGCAUGUUCACUAUUUGAUUGAUCAAAAUGAUUUUUGACAUUUUUACACUUUAUUUUAUUUGACUAAGGUUCUUGCACGGCUGCUUUUUGUCAAAAUUAAACACUGAUGAAUACGGCA